UUUUAUCUGUCAUGACAUUUUGCCAGCGUCAACAGUUAAAAGUUCUCGGAAAUAUUCACCGACGUUAAUACUAAAUUGAAUAAUUAAAUGUAAAAUUGUUGUAUCAAUCUAAAAACAAAGUAAAUUUGUUUCUGACUAAGAUAUAUGACAUUUACAAACAACUGCAGUUUUUGCAUUGACUUUCAUAUUGAUUGGCAAUAGCCGAUAAUUGCCAGCAAAUGUAAACAAAAGAUUAUUGGUAAUUGUUGUUGGUAGUGGAAAGAAAUAUCUUCUGCUAUCAGAUAUGAGUAAUAAAGUUAAUAAAUUAAAUACACAAAAAUUAGAAGGAGCAAAGGACAGGCAAACAAAUACAUCGGAUUCCAACGAAACAUAUGGUACACAUAGCUUGGUUGUUUGAGAGUCCGGUCGUGGUUACGUUUCUGCAGGGAAACAGUAUUGUGCAAGGAAUAAUUUGUUUAUUACAACUUGUCAGUAUCACAUCGCUGCAGAUAACCGAAUUACGACAAAAGUGGCAAAACCAUGGCCCAAGCGCGAUAUGAUUCUCACAAGUACUCCCGGCUCAGUAGUCAAGAAGUUGCCUCAUCCCGGACGUUCGAAGAUGAUGGGCAUGAAGAAAUCGUAUUGAGCAACGAGAGCAGUAGAAUAAGAUUCAGCCCCGAUAGUGAUGAAGAGGUGGUGGCUCAAGAGCACUCAAAGGAUAAUGGUUAUUUACAUCACACGGCGUCGUCGACGACCCCAUCUACUAAUGUUACCUUAAGAGAUCGCCUUAAUGAUUCUCGAUUAAUGCAGAUGGCUAUUUGUUCUUUAGCGACAAUACUACUAUAUCUAUUUUUAUCAAUAUGCUUGACUUUUUAUCAGAAAGCAUUAAUAAAAAAACUAAAGUUUCCACUGAGUAUUGUAACCUAUCACUUGGUGAUAAAACUUAUAAUGGCAAGCUGUGUUCGUGCGACAUACAAGUGCAUUGUGGGCAAAUCGAGAAUCCAAUUAGAUUGGCGCGUGUCGGUCCGAAAAAUGGCACCCACCGGCCUAGCUAGCGGCAUUGAUAUCGGAUUCUCGAACUGGGGCUUGGAGUUGGUGCCGAUAUCAUUAUAUACAAUGACAAAGUCGUCCACGAUUGUUUUUAUACUGAUAUUUGCCAUUAUGUUAGGCCUAGAAAAGAAGAGUUGGUCGUUGGUUUUUAUCGUUUCGCUAAUAGCCUUGGGACUUUUUAUGUUCACGUAUAAAUCAACACAAUUUCAUACGUUAGGAUUUAUAUUCAUACUAGUUGCGUCGCUAAGUGGUGGUGUUCGUUGGAGUUUAGCGCAAUUUCUAAUGCAAAAAUCUAAGUUGGGUCUUCACAAUCCUAUAGAUAUGAUUUAUCAUAUGCAACCAUGGAUGAUUUUGGCAAUUUUACCUUUUGUUUUAGUAUUUGAGGGCAAACUUUUCCUAGCUGUUCUGGACAAGUGGGAUGAGUAUUCAACAAAUGAUAUAUACAUGGUUAUAUUGAAAAUUACAUUCGGUGCAGUUAUGGCGUUCUGUAUGGAAAUAAGUGAGUUUAUGGUACUAGCUAAAACUUCGAGCUUGACUUUGUCCAUAGCCGGUAUUUUUAAGGAUAUAUUCCAAUUGGCUUUGGCUGUCGAAUACAAUGGCGACCAACUUACUUUAAUCAAUUCUCUAGGAUUGGUUGUUUGUUUAGCUGGAAUCUGCUGCCAUAUUGUUCACAAAUAUUCAUCUUUAACGAAGAAUGAAGAAAUCAAUUUGUCUGGUGACGAUGAUUCCUUUGACCUCCACUAUAAUGAGGCUUCGUUGAGCCCCCCUAGCCAACAAACAGGGGACUCUUCCAAUUUUGCUUUUAAUUCAACAAAAAAUCAUUCCUCUUUGACUGUUCCAUUGCUGGAAGAAACUGAUACUGAUGACGACGAUGGAGACGGAUCUCCGAAUAAGGAAAAUUCUUCUGAUGUCAUAUUUGAUAUAUUGAAACGCCGAGAUAUGCAACGAUGAGUGUUAAAGUAACUAUACACGAUAAUUCAUAGUCCGUAAUACAUAACUGUGAAUAGAUAUAUAACUGAUGUAAAUGUGCGCUGUUUAUAAAGAAAAACAUUCCUGUGAUCUGUGAAAAUUUUAAUUGUUGGUUAAUUGUUUUCAAACAACCCGAAGAAUGUAUUACUUCUAUCCUUUAACAUUAGUUACUGGACACAUUUCAAUAUACUUUGGAAAUGACACUGUAUAAGUCUAUACCACUUUGAAGGUUAUCAGGUAAACCAUCAUAUGUAUGUAGUGAGCGUAACAUACAUAUGCUUGUACACUUUAUUUUGACGCUCACUGUACAUAAAAAAGUUUAAAUGUAUAUGUUAUGUUUUCUUAUUCGUAUCAAUACUAAGAACUUUUACAAGAGUUAAGUCCAAAUCAUUGUUUGGAUUCAAUUCUAUUUGCAAUCUAAAACAAAACGAUGAAUAAAAUGCCAACAAUUAAGGUUUUCUAUAUUUCUAGAUAAGCAAACGUUUGUAUAUACGCAUAACAUGUACGUGUGAGUCAUGUUAAAAGUGCCGCUGUUAGAAUGUUGUGUUUUUUGGAUAGUACUGGAUGCUUUCUUUAUUUUUUAGUCGUUCGGAGCAUUUAAUACAAGUGCUUUCCACUUUCCAUGACAAUCUGGUCAGUUCUUGGUUUCAUCUUCGCUUUUCCCUUUAAAAAAGUCCCAUGUGAUGAAAAACUUUUUUGGUUUCAUUUUGGAUGAUAUGCACAAAAUAUUUCAAGAGUUGAAAGGGAGAAAUUGAAACUAAGAGCAGAACCGAAUGUUCAAUUUAAAGCUCCGUUCCCAAAUAAAAAUAUUUUAAAACUUUUGGAAAAGUCUGAAAAUAAAUCUAAGACUAAUUUAAAAACAUUUUGUAUUCUUGUUGACAAGUUCUCCCACCUAAGGGUUUGUUAUUCCUUUUAAUAAUGUUGUAAAGUUAUUUAAUAAACAUUCAAUUUUUUAAGCUAUUCGACCUUUCAUGAUAUGAAUAAAAUUAUCCACAGUAAAACUGGGGCCACAUUACCCAA